AUGACCAACAACCGUUCAAACGACAUUGGGGUUGAGGCUGGGAUUGACUCACAUCAGACCCCUGCGGAGCUAUCGGCCAGGAAGGGCAGACCUCUAGAAGAAAAGGUUCUCGAGAGUGAUAUCACCCAGCAGUCUGACGAGGGAAUAGACGGUAAACCGCCGGACGAUGCACCACCAGAUGGUGGGUAUGGAUGGGUUUGUGUGGCGUGCUCAGCAUGGAUCAAUGGGAACACAUGGGGUUUGAACAGUUCAUAUGCUGUCUUUCUAUCUUAUUAUCUAUCCCAUGAUAUUUUCCCCGAUGCCAGUGACCUCACCUACGCUUUUACCGGCGGCCUAAGCAUGUCAUGCUGUCUGUUGGUAGCCCCUCUGGUAACGCACCUAGUGCAUCUCUUCGGAAACAAACCCAUUCUUAAUGUUGGAGUCGUGCUCCAAACAAUCUCGUUCAUCGGGGCUUCGUUUGCCACCAAGCAAUGGCAACUUUUUCUAAGCCAAGGUGUCUGUUUCGGCUUCGGCAUGGGUUUGCUAUUCAAUGGCUCCGUGGGCAUUACGUCUCAAUGGUUUCUCCGCAAGAGAAGCAUUGCAACUUCCAUCUCGGCUGCCGGCUCAGGUAUUGGUGGCUUAACCUAUUCUUUGGCGACGGGGUCGAUGAUAUCGCGAUUGGGGCUUGGCUGGACAUUCCGUAUCCUUGGCCUCAUCACAUUUGUCGUCAAUCUCAUCGCGGCCAAUUUAAUAAAAGACCGAAACAAAGCUACUGGGUCCCAAUACAAAGCAUUUCAUUUCCCCCUGCUUAAACGGCCCGAAUUCCUCCUCUUACAAGGAUGGGGCGUUUUCAGUUUACUAGGAUACGUUGUGGUACUCUUCAGCCUCCCCAACUUUGCGCUAUCGAUUGGACUCACUGCACGUCAGGGUAGCAUCGUGGGUGCUCUUCUCAAUCUUGGUCAGGGGCUGGGACGUCCGGUCAUCGGUUUACUCAGUGAUCGCUAUGGCCGGCUCAACGUGGCCACCGUCCUCUCAAUUUUCUGCGGUGUCUUCUGCUUAGCCGUCUGGACCCCCACCCAAAGCAUGGGUCUUUUAUGUUUUUUCGCCAUCGUUGCGGGAACCGUGGCAGGGACAUUCUGGACCACUGUCGUUCCUGUGUGUGCUGAAGUGGUCGGUCUCCAACAGCUUCCCAGCGCAUUAAGCAUCACCUGGGUCCUAAUGGUUCCCCCCACGACUGUUUCGGAACCAAUAGCAGUUCUCGUGAAGGACAACUCGAAGAAGAACCGCGCCUAUUUGUAUGCACAGCUAUUUGCGGGACUUGCAUAUAUUGUUGGGGCAUUGUGUUUGUGGGUCUUACGCGCUUGGAAAGUUGGCGAUAACGAAGCUGCUGCGGAAAGAAAGGCUGUUGCAGAUGCCGCGAUUGCUGCGAGGACGAUGAAGAUUGGUGGAAAUUCAGUCUUCCCCACGGCAGCUCCAGUUGACACCACUUGCGUGCCUGAGGGAAAUAUACACCCGUCGAACCAGCCUGUGGUAGCACCGCCAGUAACAUGUACAGAUCCUAUUGCUACAGCGACCAGAACAAGCACAUGGAACCCAGCUGUGCUUCUUCGCAGUCUGGUUACUUGGGAUAUCAUAUGA